AUGAGCACGCACAUCGAGAGGGCGAUAGAAAAGAUACAGUCGAAAGACCCUGUACCGGAAAUCGACUACACGCAGCACACCCUUGAAGAUGGCAAUGUCAUCAGCACGCAGGAGCGGGUUGUCAAAGAUGUACAAGCGCCAGCGAUGUUCAAGCCAACCCCGGAGCAAUUCUUCAACAAGCAUGGUCAAGAUCGGACAAAACCCGAUGUUGCAUUCCUCAAGAAUCAUUUUUACCGGGAGGGACGGUUGACAGAGGAGCAGGCUUUGUGGAUAUUGGAGAAGGGCACUGAAAUCCUUAGGAAGGAGGGCAAUGUCCUCCAGGUGGACGCUCCUAUCACCGUGUGUGGAGAUAUCCAUGGCCAAUAUUAUGAUUUGAUGAAACUUUUCGAAGUGGGAGGGAGUCCAGCAGAUACAAGAUACCUCUUCCUGGGCGAUUACGUCGAUCGAGGCUACUUCAGUAUCGAGUGCGUGCUAUACCUAUGGUCUCUGAAGAUCUGGUAUCCGGACUCGUUGUUCCUCCUCCGGGGCAACCACGAAUGCCGCCAUCUAACGGAUUACUUCACCUUCAAACUCGAAUGCAAACACAAGUAUUCAGAACGGAUAUACGACGCCUGCAUGGAGUCUUUCUGCGCUCUACCUCUCGCCGCGGUUAUGAACAAACAGUUCCUCUGCAUACACGGUGGAUUGUCCCCUGAGCUCAACACACUCGAUGAUCUACGCGCUAUCGACCGAUUCCGCGAACCGCCAACCCACGGGUUGAUGUGCGACAUUCUGUGGGCUGACCCUGUGGAAGAUUUUGGUAGCGAGAAGACCACGGACAGCUUUGUGCACAACCACGUCCGUGGCUGCUCAUAUUUCUUCACAUACCAAGCAGCGUGCCAAUUCCUCGAGCGCAACAAUCUUCUCUCCAUCAUCCGAGCCCACGAAGCGCAGGAUGCCGGUUACCGUAUGUACCGCAAGACAAAGACAACUGGUUUCCCUUCCGUCAUGACCAUUUUCUCCGCCCCCAAUUACCUCGACGUGUACAACAACAAAGCCGCGGUGCUCAAAUACGAGAGCAACGUCAUGAACAUCAGGCAGUUCAAUUGCACGCCUCAUCCAUAUUGGUUACCGAAUUUCAUGGAUGUCUUCACUUGGAGCUUGCCGUUCGUCGGAGAGAAGAUCACUGACAUGUUGGUCGCCGUCCUCAAUACGUGCACUAAAGAGGAACUUGAAGAGGGCGACGAUGACCUUGCCAUCUUGUCGCCAACUACUGCUGCUGCUGAACAGGCAGAGCGCAGGAAGGUCAUCAAGAAUAAGAUUAUGGCUGUGGGCAGGAUGGCGAGAGUGUUCGCACUUCUCCGUGAGGAAUCUGAGAAGGUUUCCGAACUGAAGAGUGUAACUGGCUCAACGAAGCUUGCAUAUGGUGCACUUGCGUCCGCGACUGAGGGAAUCAAGGAUUCUAUCAACGGCUUCGACGAUGCCCGCAAGUCAGACAUCGAAAACGAACGCCUCCCACCAGAGCUAUACGAUGCUGACUCAGAAGAAGGCAAAGCCAUCCUCUCCUCCUCGACCUCCUCGCAACCCACCACGCCCUCUGAACACUCCUUCCAACCGACGCCGCCCUCCCCGAACGGGGUUGCAGAGGGUCUCGAAAAGCUCAUGGCCCAGCGUGGGACGCCCCUCUCUCGGAUCUCCACUUCAACCUUGCCGUCCGGCUCCGGGCCCGUUUCGGCAGGUAGCCCAGUGGUUUCGCCAGGCGGCACGUUCAAGCGUGGCCACUCUAGGCAGGCGAGCUUGGGAACGACGAUGACGAGUCCGAGUACGCGGAGGAGGAGCUUGGAGAGCACGAUGUCCCUCAUCCAAGGCGUGCUCGAGGGGAAAGGGAGGUUGGACGAGGACGACCCAAUUGAGAACCUUGCGAGUCGGCUAGCAGGGUCGUCAGUUGGCAAUACCGCUGCCGGUGCUGGAGGUAGCGCAGGCAAUAGCAAUGGUGCUACCCGCCCAGGUGGACGCUGA